AGCCCUCUCAUAGGACGAGGUACGAGCGCAAGAGAUAAGCUAAAUACAGCAUGGGUGCUUGAAUCGUCUUCAAGACCUAUACAGUGGUUGGCAUUUGGAUGAAUCAAAAGGCAUAUUUGAGAAAAGUAUAGAAGGAUUAUUUGAGCAGCUCUCAGCUCUGAGCACUGAGCAGGCAUGUCCCGAAGGAAGCAGAGCAAUCCAAGGCAAUUUAAACGCCUAUUGGAAGUUGGUGUGGAAGAGGUCCAGGGGUUUUGUGAAUCAGAGAGAGAGGCGCUGUCUUACAAAGACUCAAUGGAUGGAAACCCCUCUGAUGAUGCCGACCGCAAAAGUGUGUCAGAUGCUGAUGACUCCAGCAACAAAGGUGAAGAAGAUGGUGGCCAAUCAAAAUCACAGGAUGAUGAUGGACACUGUGGGAAGUCAGAAGUCAGGCUACAGAAAGAUGAAGAGUGGGACGGCCCAAGAGAGCUGGAGAUUCUCUAUGACGGUACAGAGCGGCGGACACGUUCUCACCAGGCACUUACUGUGGGCACCACAUGGGGUCCUUUUGAGGGGAAGAUCGAAAUGACCACAGCAGGAAGUGACAUGAGCGCCAUGUCUCCAAAGCAGCCUGUUCCCGUGGUUCUGACUGGCGGUCCCAGGUGGCUUCAGGACGUCAUCUGGCUGGCGGCAGAAGAUGGCAAGAGCAAUUGUGUUGUUUACAGCAUGGGUGGACAACUUUGGUGCACUACAACCAAACCCAUCAUGGAAGGAGAGGAGCUAGCUGCGUUUGCUGUGGACUUCUACUCCCGUCUCCAGGCGGUCAGCCAGGCAGCUGUCUCUGAGGGGAUGUACCCGGCCAGAUUGCUGGACUCCAUCCAACUAUUGCCCCAACAGGCCAACAUGGCAUCCAUACUUCCCAACGCUAUAGUCAACAAGGACAUCUUCCCUUGUAAGGCGUGUGGGAUAUGGUACCGCAGUGAGAGGAACCUGCAAGCUCAUCUGAUGUACUAUUGCAGCAGGAGACAGAGGGACUCAGUCUCAGACAUGAUGACAGAGCAGUUAGACAGGAAGACUGGUCCCCAUCACAUGACCAACGUAGGCCCUGGCCCCUACCCACACUGCAAUAUAACUGGACCAGCACAGCAGGCCUUGGAGAUGCACUUGAACACCCACAAUGGUGUUAAGGUGGAGGAGGCGGUGUCCACUGGAGGCGGCAGCAUGAAAUGCACAGUGUGUGACCACACAGCAGACUCUCUCCCCAGCCUCCAGCAGCACAUUCUCUCCCACCUGUCUCAGACAGGCUACCGGUGCUCCCACUGCCACUUCAACUUCACCUCCCCCAGAGAACUGGACAAGCACCACGAGAUCCACGGACACAGUCACAGCCCACUCAGACAGCUCAGUCAGGCCGAUACAGAGUGCUCUCCCAAGGGGGGCAGCAGCGUGGAGAGGAGACCCCAGCAGGCCAAGAUGGAGCAGGGGAGGGAGCUCCUUCAGAGCCCAGUGCUGGGUAGAAGCCUUGACACCAGGACCAGUCCCAAUGCGGAGCUGGAAAAGAUAGAGACUUCCCCAGUGAAAGCUGAUCCUAACUCAGGAAGCAGAGCUAGUUUCUCCUACACCAGUGUCAAAUCGGAGCCCUCCAGCCCUCGCCAGGCGUCCUCGCCCAUCCAGAACAACAUGGGCCCCGCUGCUUUCCCCAUGGGGCCGUUCUUAUCCCAUUUCCCCUUCUCACAGGACAUAACAGCUGCCCCCCAGGCCUCGGAGAUCCUGGCUAAGAUGUCCGAGUUGGUCCACCGUAGACUGAGGCAUGGAGGUACUAACCACUACCCUGCUCAUGUCAUGUACAGCAACCUUGUCCCCAAAGGGGCCACGUGUUUCGAAUGCAAUAUCACUUUCGGGAACUUGGACAACUACUUAAUUCAUAAAAAGCACUACUGUAAUAGUGGUUGGCAGCACGUGGCCAAGCCACAUGAUUACGCCAGUGUCCUGGACAAAGUGACCGAUACAGGGAGCCCUAAAAGUGGGGGUUUGGGUGGGUUGGGCAGCCUAAACAUGGGUCAGGGUCAUCUAUCUGACCCCAACAGUCAUCUCACUUCCCCCCGCCUGAACCUGUCAGGACUAGACCUGUUCAAGGUUGGGGAGGGGAAGGCACAGGUACAGGCUGAGCUCCCAGGUACUGUGAAGAACCCCUCCACCCCCACCAGAACAGAUGAGAACCCCUCUAUACAGGGAGACGUGACAAGUCCCAAAAUGUCUCAAAUGCCAAAGACAGAAAUCUUAGACCCUAACAAGACAACGUGUGAACCCUGUAAGAUCACCUUCAGUCGUACAGAGACCUAUAUGGUUCACAAGCAGUAUUACUGCGCCACGCGUCAUGACCCGCCCAUGAAACGAGCGCACGGCAACAAACUGCCCGCCACCCAGAGAACAGUGCGUACACGGAAACGGAGGAAGAACUUCGAAAUGAACGGUCCCAACCACGAACAACAGAGGUCUUCCAUGAAUCAUCAUCCACGUUACUUUGGGAUAGCACCCAUUGGAGGACCAGGCAUGUACCAAGACCCAGGGGAGAUAUUCGGUAACCAGUUUCACCCCAGGUACAUGUUCCUUGGCAUGGUUCCUAAGCAUCCAGAGGCUAAUCUCCCUUUCACAAAAUCAGCUCUGAUAUCUAAGUGCAAUGCCAUAGCGCAAGAUGAACUGGACAGCCCUAUUGAUCUCAGUAAAAAGUGUUCAUCAUCAAGCCCUGGUAAAUUAUCUACCACCCAUAAAAGACUCAUGGACUAUCACGAGUGCACAGUGUGCAAGAUCAGCUUCAACAAAGUGGAAGACUACCUUGCGCACAAACAGAGCUCUUGCCCAGUCACUGCUCCAGAUCACAAAACAUCUGCGGUCGUAAAAAGAGGAGGGUUUAACAACCCAGUAGAUGACAACGAUACAAACUUGGAGAAAUGUGUCACCAAUGGAGCCAAUGAGGUGUUGUUUCAAAUAGGUAGCACUAAGGGGGAUCAGCUCGCUGUCAUCAAAGAGGAAAGCAUGGACGAGUUUCUGUCGCAAGAAUUUAACCCUCCUUUAUUUAAGAAAAUUAGACGUGAUGAACAGAUUUCACCCUUUCUUGGAAUCAAGCCUGCCGACUACACCACAGAUACAGUGGUGAUGCAGAGAGAGCUCAGCGAGCAGAGACAAAGCCCCAAUGAAGGGAGUGAGGUGGAAAAAAAUCAGCCUAUGCCUGAUGGCUACCAGGAAACACAAGGUGUUUUGCCCCAAAAUGGCCGCCAGGGGCCUGAGGACAUGGUCAUAGACACAGAAAACACACUCCAGGACAACAAGCUUGUUAACUCUCAUCUCCCAGACAGCCACGUAUCAUCCUUGUCAGAUUCAGAGAGUCCUUUCAGUGUCAACUCCAAGAAGAGCACUUCCUCAUCUUUAUCCUCCCCAGUAGUUUCAAAGACAGAGGAGGUCCUAACUUCCUGUGUGAAAAGAGGCCUGAACGACUCCAUCCAGGCAACACAGGGUAAUGUCAAAUACUGCCGCCCCUGCGACAUCCAGUUCAACAACCUGUCCAACUUCAUAACGCACAAGAAGUUCUACUGCUCGUCACACACCGCUGAGCACGUCAAAUGAGUUUGGUUCGGUGCCCAGUCUCUCUCCUCCUAAACCUGCCACACACAGCUUAAAUACAGCACUGCUGGUGGACAAUCAAGAGUACCAUCUCCCUUCAAUUUGAUAGCAAAAUGCAAACAUGUUUGUUGGACAAAAAAAGGUGUCAUAUUUUUUGCCCUCUUUGUGUUGUAUUUAUUGUAUUAGAAAAAUACUUUCAGUGUUAAGAUUUUAAUAGAUAUUUAAUUGAAAAAUAAUGAUGUUUAUGCUAAUUAAUUCUAAAACCGUAUGUCAUACGCACAGAGAAUUGUUGACUUUUGAAUGCAUAUUUAUUGAUUAUGAAGAUAUGUACAACAAUAACUCAUUUUUGGUUGAAAAGCCUCAGAAGCGCUUGUCUAUCUAUACAGAUUAUUAUUGAGUUUUAGUAUGUUUACCAUCAUGAAGUGAUUAAAAUAAUACUGUUUUUGGAAUGAUAGGACACGUUUGUUGAUCUUAUAUUUCAGUGUAGAACUUUGUCAUGUACUUUAUGUGUAAAUUGCAGUUUGUAUAUUCAUUUAAAUGUCUGGUUUUACUCUGAUGCAAAACGUUGUAAUUUUUUAAGUGUACCUCUGUUUGUUGAUUUUGUUGUCCUUUUUUAAAAUCUCUAUUGCAGUAUUAUGAAAGAGUGAAUUAAUAUGUUUAUUUUGUCUGAUUUGAUGAAUUGUUGAUAAAAGGUUUAUGAGUGUUUACCAUGAAGGUUGUGAUUAUUCCAAUGUCAAAAAAUACAUUGUUAAAAUGUGUUGCUAUGCAUGCCUGUGUUCGGAAUGAAAUUUCUCAAAAUGUUUGAUAUUUUUAUGUUAUGUGUUGUGGAAAUUAAAAUUAAAAUCUCAGGCCCAA